UGUUGUAUCUACCUGGGAGCAGGUAGUGGAGCCCGCCUUCUCCCGGCUCUCAAAUAAGUCCGCUUUGUUUACACUUUGUUGUGAGAUUUUAAUGAAAGAAGGAGGGUGAGCCGGACUGUGUACUUUGGCAGCGGAUAAAUAAUUAACCUGGCAACUCAAGCAGUUUACAGAAGAGCUGACAUGAGGAGCAGAGCCAAGCAGUAGCGGAGUGUGCCCCCCGUGCGCCUGUGUCUCGAGACUGAAAACAGGCCUACAGGUGUUUUUGUAUUUCUGCUGUUUAAUGCCAUUUGACCUGGAUACACUGCACUGUAAUCAUGCUGGGAGCCGAGGGCAGACUAGAGAGCCGGCUGGAGAAGCUGGAGUCCCUCAUGAGGGAUCCAUUGUCGGGACUAAACUUGGAAACGCUACUGGAUUCCAUGAACGCGCUGGCUCAUGAUCUGAAUUAUCCUGCCCUGAGGAAAAACAAAAACAUAGAGGCGUUUCUGAGCCGAUAUGAAAAGGCAGCGAGUCAACUCCGAGAGCUGCAGGUGAAGCUUGAAGACUUCGACAAAGUGAAGUUGAUCGGAAAAGGAGCCUAUGGAGAAGUGCGACUGGUUCGUCACAAGGCCUCUCGAAAGGUUUACGCCAUGAAGCAGCUUAACAAGUUUGAGAUGAUAAAGCGGUCAGACUCUGCCUUCUUCUGGGAGGAGAGGCACAUCAUGGCCUUUUCCAACAGUCCAUGGGUCGUACAGCUGUUCUGCUCUUUCCAAGACGACCGCCACCUCUACAUGGUGAUGGAGUUCAUGCCCGGAGGCGACCUGGUCACGCUCACCAUGAACUACGACAUACCUGAGAAGUGGGCUGUUUUUUACACGGCUGAAAUAGUGCUGGCGUUGGACGCUAUCCACUCCAUGGGCUUCAUCCAUCGAGAUGUGAAACCUGACAACAUGCUGCUCGACCAACACGGACACCUCAAACUGGCAGAUUUCGGCACGUGCAUGAAGAUGGACUCGACAGGCAUGGUGCACUGUGACACAGCUGUAGGCACGCCGGACUACAUCUCCCCCGAGGUGCUUCAGUCUCAGGGCGGUCAUGGUCACUACGGCCGUGAGUGCGACUGGUGGUCCGUAGGAAUCGUUAUCUAUGAGUUGCUAGUCGGUGAUACUCCCUUCUAUACGGAGUCCCUGAUUGGAACAUAUGGGAAGAUCAUGAACCACAAGAACUCCCUCGUCUUCCCAGAGGACAAAGAGAUGUCUCAGGGCGCCAGAGACCUCAUCUGUGCCUUUCUUACUGACAGGGAGGUUCGUCUGGGUCGCACCGGAGUGGAUGAGAUAAAGUGCCACCCUUUCUUCAAGAACGACCAGUGGACCUUUGACAACAUCCGAGAGACUGUGGCUCCAGUUGUGCCUGAGCUGAGCGGCGACAUCGACACCAGCAACUUUGACGAAGUAGAGGUUGAUAAAAAGGAUGUCGAGACCUUUCCUCCACCCAAAGCCUUUGUGGGCAACCAGCUGCCAUUCAUCGGCUUUACUUACUUCAAAGAGGACCAGCUGCUGAAGGUAAAUAAUAACUGCUCUGUGGAGGAUUCAGAGGAGAGUAAGGAAAACUCUGAGGAAAAGGAUCAUUGCUCGGACAGUAAGAAAGAGCUGCAGAAAAAGCUUUAUCAGCUGGAGGAGCAGGUCGACCAUGAGAUGCAGGCCAAAGAUGAGCUGGAGCACAAGUGCAAAAAUGCCAACAACCGUUUAGACAAGCUUGUGGAAGAGUUAGACGAGGAGAUGAGUAGCAGGCAGAAAGUGGAGGCCUCGCUGAGGCAGCUGGAGCGAGAGCGAGCGCUGCUGCAGCACCAGAGCGCUGAAAACCUGCGCAAGGUGGAUAUGGAAGCGGACAGGAAACGCAACCUGGAGAACGAACUGAACCUUCUGAGGGACCAGCUAGAGGAUCUUAGGAAGAAGAACCAGAAUUCCCAGAUCUUCAAUGAGAAGAACAUCGAGCUGCAGAGACAACUCGAGGAGGCCAACGCCGUGCUGCUGGCUGAGCAGGAGGCGGCAGCGCGGCUGAAGAAGAGUCAGGCAGAGGCGCAGAAACAGUCUCAGUGCCUGGAGCUCAGCCUCAGGGAGAUGCAGGAAAAGUGCAGCCAGCUCGAAAACGGCAAGCAGGAGCUGGAGAAGCAGCUGAGGGGGCUGCAGGCCGAGCUGGAGGAGGAGAGGAGGGGCUGCAGCAUCGGGACCGAAACUAUUACUGACCUGCAGGGACGCAUCUCUGGCCUUGAAGAAGAAGUAAAAGAGGUGAAGUCCUCUGUUUCUAAGGUCCAGACCGAAAAGAAGCAGCUACACGACAAGCUCAACGAUCUUGAGAAGGAGAAGAGCAACCAAGAGAUCGACCUGACCUUCAAGCUGAAGUCGCUCCAGCAGAGUUUGGAGCAGGAGGAGGCCGAACACAAAGCCACCAAAUCCAAGCUCGCAGAUAAAGACAACAUCUACGAGUCCAUCGGGGAGGCAAAGUCUGAGGCCUUAAAAGAGAUGGAGUGCACUCUGCAGGAGGAGAGGAGCCUGAAGCUGCAGGUGGAGGCGAAGCUGCUGCAACAAGAGAAGGCCCACUCCAUGCUGGACUGCGACUACAAGCAGGCGCAGCAGAAGCUCAACGAGAUGCAGGCGCAGAAGGAUAAACUUUCUCAAGAGGUGAAGAGUCUGAGCCUGCGUCUGGAGGAGGAGAUCCACAAGCGCAGCAUGACCCAGAGCGAUCUGAAGAUGCAGAACCAGCAGGUGUCGGUGCUCAGCUCCUCCGAAAAACAGCUCAAACAGGAGCUCAACCACCUGCUGGAAGUGAAGCAAAUCAUGGAGAAACAGAUCCAGGAGCUACGCAGGGAGAGGCAGGAGGCCGGCGGCCAGCUGAAGGAGCUGAAGGACCAACUGGAGAGUGAGCAGUAUUUCACAACUCUUUACAAGACGCAGAUUCGUGAGCUGAAGGACGAGCGUUCUGAGAGGUGUAAACUGUACAAAGAGGCGCAGCUACAACUGGGACAAUAUCAGGAGGAGAUGAGCUCCAUGUCAGCACAGCUGGAGUCCAGUCUGACAAAGGCGGACUCAGAGCAGCUGGCUCGCUCCUUCGCUGAGGAGCAGUACUCGGAUCUGGAGAAGGAGAAGAUCAUGAAGGAGCUGGAGAUCAAAGAUAUGAUGGCGAGAAACAAACUGGACCUCGGAGACAAGGAAGCCACAAUCAGCUCGCUGGAAGAGUCCAAUCGCACUCUGACGGUGGAUGUGGCCAACCUGGCCAGCGAGAAAGAGGAGCUCAACAACCAGCUGAAAGACAUGCAGCAACAGCUCCAGAAAGCAAUGGAGGAGGAGAAGCAGAUGAACUCUCACAAACUGUCCUUUGAAAAGCUGCUGCAGAAUGAAAGGACGCUCAAAAUUCAGGCUAUCAACAAGCUGACCGAGGUGAUGAACAGGAGGGAGUCGGGGCGAGGAGGCCAGCGCACGAUCGACACUGAGGUGCACAGGAAGGAGAAACUGAACAGGAAGCUGCAGCAGGAGCUGAGGACGGAGAAGGAGAAGCUCAACAGCAACAUCAUCAAGUACCAGAGAGAGAUGAUGGAUAUGCAGGCGCUGAUAGCAGAAGAGAACCAGGUGCGUCUGGAGCUUCAGAUGACGUUGGACAGCAAAGACAGCGACAUCGAGCAGCUCCGGUGUCAGAUCACUUCCCUCAGCAUUCACUCUCUGGACACCACCAGCAUCAGCAGUGGCAACGACCUGGAAAUGCUUGACGGAUACCCAGACUCCAGGUUGCAGGGCUGGAUUUCCCUUCCUACCAAGAACACAAAGCGCUUUGGCUGGGACAAAAAAUAUGUAGUUGUGAGCAGUAAGAAGAUCCUGUUCUACAACAGCGAGCUGGAUCGAGAGCAGGCUAAUCCUUUCAUGACCCUGGACAUCGAAAAACUUUUUCACGUCCGACCUGUCACUCAUACGGAUGUGUACCGUGCGGAUGCCAAAGAAAUUCCAAUGAUAUUCCAGAUCCUGUAUGCCAAUGAAGGCGAGAUUAAACGUGAUCAGGAGUUGACAGUGGAUCCGGGGACGUUUGUGGAUCGCCCCUCCUUCAUCCCUCACAAGGGCCAUGAGUUCAUCCCCACUCUCUACCACUUCCCGUCCAGCUGUGAGGUCUGCACCCGGCCCCUGUGGAACGUUUUUAAACCCCCGCCGGCCCUCGAGUGCCGUCGCUGCCACACCAAGUGCCACAAAGAUCACCUGGACAAGAAGGAGGAAGUUAUUGUGCCUUGCAAGGUGAACUUUGACAUCUCCACUGCCAAAGAGCUGCUUCUGCUGACCAGCUCUCAGGAGGAGCAGCAGCGCUGGGUCGCCCACCUCCUCAAACGCAUCCCGAGGAAACACCCGACCCUGAGUCCUCCCGCCGCAGCACAAAACAACCACCCUGACGCUCCGCCACGCCUGUCUCCUCGAAACUCCCCGAGACCCUCACCCAAGGCCUCGCCUCGUCUGUCGGCCCAUCGCGGAGCCAUCAAGAUUCAGCCCAGCAGACAGCAGUCGUCCUCAGGGAAGCCCAGUUAACCCUGGCUCAUCAAAGAUGUGUAUUUUCAUCUUUAUGGAUAAACACCCGCAGUCUGGACUCAGUGCCUUCAUGUGUUAUUUCAUCAGGGCAGUAGACUGAAAAGAAUCCUGCUAAUCAUGGACAGAAACAUUCACAGAGACUGGCUGUCGUCAUGAGAACUGAGGCUGCCUUUUUCAUUUUAACAAGAUGAAAAUGAGCGUGUCAUAUUAGAGUGAGACUACAUCCAAAGAAAAAGUUAAAAAAAUGGAUUAAAAGUGCCUUAUUUAUAACCAUCAUGAAAAAACAUGGGCGUUUUAUUCUGUCAGAUGCAGUGAAUCACAUGGAUUUAUGUUUGUUAGGCAUGUGUGUGAACAUUUGUAUAUAGGAUCAAGAGGUCUGUGUAUUGUAACACAGAAAGCGUAGCUCAUAGAAUAUGAUUAUUUGUAUGGAUGUCAGUCAGCAGCACAUUAUACAGUAUGCUUGCCUUAUAAAUGAAUAAGGUUUUCAUUAUACAAAGUAGACUUGUAUAACAUACGACAGAAUAAUGUGAAUUGAAUAGAAACCAUGUGUUCUUUUCUCGCCAUUCAUGACAAUGACAUUUAAAUAAAAUUCUGUAACCCUAA